UUCCAGGCGAUUGUCGCCAAUGAAAAACUUCAAGUGGAAAGUUUUGAAUCCCGAGCGCGAAUUCGGACGCAGUGUUGUGAUGGCGUCGGCGGCGGCGAGACGGAAAUAGACGGAAAACGCUUCGCUCAUUUCCAAGAGCUUGAUUGGGCAGUUUGUUUAGGAAGACCAAAACAGAAUUACAAGAUCCAGUUAAGACAGAAGCAGAGGAAAGAUGUCAUCAAUUAGCGACACAUCAACAUGGCUGAAGUUCUUCACAGAAGCAGGCAUACCAGCUGGAGAUGCUACUGACUAUGCCAUAAUAUUCACAGACAAUCGUAUCAAACAAGACAUGCUGAUGGACCUGAACAAGGAGUACUUGCGGGACAUGGGCAUAACUGUCAUGGGGGAUGUGAUAGCCAUCCUGAAGCACGCAAAGGUGUUUUGUGGCAGGCAGCGGGUUUUGCAAGCCUCUCAGUCUACUCCUCAGUAUGAUGGGUGUGCUCCACCACCAAAGAAGAGCACACCGGCCACGCGAAUGCUGGAGCAUUAUGUCCGGAAAGAAGACCCUCCUCCACCUGCUCCUCCCCCCAGCAGUAGCCCAAACCUAUCGCAGAGCAUGUCUGCACGCUUGGGCUCAGGAUUAAAAAGAUCAGCAGAGGAUGAUGAUUCACCUAGUGCUAAUAAAAGAAGUUCAGUAUUUAAUAGACUUGGUGACAAUUCAGUAACCAGUACAACUAGUGACACCCCAAAGAUCACCAUUACUAUGCACGGCAAGGAUAUCAAACGCACAGCUGCUGCCAUGGAUAGUAAUAAAAAGUCACCUACAUCAGUGUUUGGUCGAUUAGGCAAUAAAGACAAUGGUGCAAAUGGGGGGUCUGGGGACCGAGAGCCUAGUCCAGGCAAACCCUUAGAAUAUCAGGGAAUUUUGAAGUAUUCCUCAAAAUUUUUUUAAAAA